CUUAGAGUUGCUUUCAUUAGCCAGUCUGUUGGUCUGUCUGCAUUUCCCUUAUCCUUUGUACUGGAACAUCCUGCCUUGAGGAAGGGCUUUCUAAUACUCUGUACCAAGGCACGGUGGGAGGAAAGAUUUCCAAGCACAGACCAGGGGAGCUGCAGCAUGAAAUCUAUCCCUGCUUGCUACUUCCUAUCCGUUCUAUUGCCUGCUAUGGUUUUCAGCACCAGACAGGGCUAUGAUGACUUGGAAAAACAACUUAAGGAAGUUUUUAUGGAGAGAAGCAAUAUCCUGCGGCAGCUUUCAAAAACAUCCCGGGAGCUUGAAGGCAUCAAAGGAAAUUUACAGUCUUUGAAAAGCAACGAUGCGUCUUCCAAGAAUGAUGAUCAAAAACUUUUGGAGUUGGAACAAAAACAGAGGGAAGAGAUGAAGUCCCUGCAGGAAACAUUCACAAAACAACUUAAUGAGGCAACUGAAAAGGCUGAGAAGCAGCAGGCCACUAUAAAUUUUAUAAAAACGGAAAUGGAACGUAAAAGUAAAAUGAUCAGGGAUCUACAGAAUGAGAACAAAAGUUUGAAAAUCAAGCUGAUGUCAGGAAGCAAGAUUUGUGGUCUUCGCGCUGAGGAGUCUAAACGUAUACAAGCCCAACUGAAAGAGCUUCGGUAUGGAAAGAAAGAUUUAGUUUCAAAGGCACAACAACUAACUGAUCUGGAGCAGAAAUUGACAGUGGCGAAGAGAGAAAUGGAAACAGCAUCACUGGAUAAUGAAUCUCAACUAAAAGCUUUAAAAGAAACCGUACAACUCUGUCUAUCUUCAGUUUUACACAAUCAACCCCCACCUGUAAGCAUCUUCUCAUCAAGGCCAAGUGAGAAGCCAACGUCUUUAAGAGGAACUUUAGAGACACCUACCACAGAGGGCCAGAUGGUUAUACCUUCAAAUACAAGCUUAAAUUCCAGUGGCGUGGUAGCUAAAGAUUUCCAACAUGACAAGAACUGUGAUUCCCCGCUCAACAUAAGCAUAUGUCAAUUUACCAAAAAUGCUCAUCCAUGA